UCUCAAGAUGACGGUCAAACACCGUCUCCGAACGGGCAGAAAUACGUGUGUGUAUAUAUAGAUAUACACAUAGGGGUUAGAGGUUAUGCCUUAUGGGGCAGUGAGCGAGCACUGAGCAGCGAGCUUUCAGUAUUCAGUGUUUUGGAGAGCUGUGCUCGUCUAUCAUCGAACUUGGCUCUUCGCUUCGUACUUUAUAUUUAGUAAUUCUCUCUGAGAGGAAGUGAACCAAGAUAAAAUAAGAUAAGUAUCAAGAGGACUGCAAAGCAACUUCUUUCCUGCAGCAGUUAGUACACCGUACGAUCGUUAAUCCGAGGUCCAUAAAUAUUGGCUAGUGAAGGGUGAGAAUCGCAGGUACAGAAGAAGCCCGUGUAUAAAAAACAGUUGAGGUUAAGGCCGUAGGUGCUCGAAUAGAACGCCAGUAUACUUAGAUGGUUUUGAUUUAGGUUCGAUUAGCGUGAAAUGAGUUAUGCGUAGGGAUAGAUCGAGCCUCGGAGGAAAAUGAAGCGACGGCAGAGAAAGACUGUGCUGAAUAUCAACGGGGAAUCGGACUCGCCGAGGAGACGCUGGCCGAACGAACGUCAAUCCCAGAACGGAUCUCCCAGUAACCCUCUAGCUAACCUUUUGGGACAGUAUAAUUCCGACAGCGAACAUGAAGAUGAUUCAAAGCCAAGGUCGCAUGCUUUGAACGAUCAAGUGAAUGAUUUUUUAAAGGAAAUUCAGUCAAUUGCUCCUGAAGAUUCAGAUAAAAACAAUCGCAAUUCUUCCAUGGCACAUCCAGGUUCUUACUGGCAAGAGUGCUUUGAUGAACAGACUGGAUACCCGUACUACUGGCACACAGAGACCAAUCAGGUAACAUGGGAAAUGCCACCAGAAUUGAAAAUGAUGGCAGAGAAGAGCCAGCGGGAAACCGCUGCUCCUCAUGGUUCUCAUAUUCCACCAUGGUCAAGCAUGCCUCCGAACAAAUAUGCACAAACACAGAGCAAUAUUCCAGAAGGCAUGAUUCCCAAAGAAGUUGUGGCUAGAAACCGAAACAGACAAGCUGGAAUACCAAAUAAGCCUGCUAAGCCGCCAUCUAAAUCGGAGAUCUCCAAGUCACCUGGUUUCAAACACCACGAUAGUUACGAUGAAGGCAAAAUCGAAAUGAUAACGUCAUUUGGUAACGACGAGAGCGAAUCCGAGGAGAGCGAGCGCGAAGAAACUCCGAAGAAGAUGCCUCCGUCGUGUCUGAAAAAGCCACCAAGGCCGUCACAUUCGAGGUCAACCACAUCGUCACAAGACUCGUCGUCAAACAAAGCCUCCGAAUCGAAUGAAUCAAGGGUUCCACUAGGGCCGAUUCUACCCCCUGCGCACUAUGGUCCCCAGAACAAGGAGAGAUUAAGCGAAAAAUUAUCUCAAAAUAUACCGUCGACGCGACAGGAGAGGUCGAGCAGCGGUAACAGUAUCAGCCAUAACGAGGAUGACAUUCUGACAAGACUAAAGAACCAGGCGAAGUUACUGCAGCAAAACAAAAACUCCGAAUCUGAACAAAAGUCUGGUAAGGAUCUGAAGCUUUCACUGGUACCUGGUUAUGAAGAUGAUUCAGAGGGUGAGGAUGAUGGCAACAGUGGUUCACACUCUCGGAAGUCCAGCAAACCAUUAUUUCCCAUCUCUGAAUCAGCAGCAUCAGGCGAGGACUCUAACUCCAGGGACAAGCUGACUAAGAAAAUAGAUACUGGCACUAGCAAAUUAAGAAUUUAUGAGUACAAGAAUCCAGAAGCCGCUUCAGAGGUGAGGCAGGAAGAUGAGGGUAACAAUAGUAACGAUAAUAAUGCUGCAGAAGAUAGGCAAGAGGAAAGUAAGCUAGAUCAGGAGGCCAAGACUAACAAAUUCUUGGAGAGCAUCGACGCGCCCACUAAGGCCUUCCAGCGAAAGAGGCGCAUCGCAUUUGACGUUGCUCCGAACAAGAGCAAAACUCCAGAAGCCAAAGAGGGAAGCCCAACUGGUGCUCCGUUAACCGAUGGAGUAGAGCGCCGAGGUUUGGGCUUCGCUAAGGACGAGACCAGAGCUGGUAGCGGUUCACCCGAGCACGAGAAUAAUAAACCAGAGGCUGAGGCAGCGAACAAAAAACCAGCAGGCAUAGCUUUCGUCAAGAGCUCUACGAAGGAAGAGGAAGACGACAGCCGUGCUGGUGGUGGCGCUGCUGGAAAAACCAAAGAACUCAGCGAGGCUGAAAAGGUCGAGGUCAAGUUACUGACAGAGCCUAUAAUAGAGAAACUCAGGUUCCUGUCCGAGGGCAGUCCCGCCGCCUCCGCCGUUCAGGUCAUGGCUAUACAGAUACAGACAUUGCUGAGCGCCUGGGAGUCUGGGGACCUUCGAGAGUCGUAUCUGCGCAACUGGCUAGUUGGAACCGGCUGCGAGCUGACGCGACUCGAACAAACGGCCGCCCCUCCAGGAUGGGAGUGUCAGUGGGAUAGGUCGCAUAAGCGCUACUAUUACCGGAACGCGACAACAGGCGAUGCCCAGUGGACUUAUCCGGACACGGACAUCGUCGGCGGUACUGAGGAGAUGGAGCUUUGCACGACGCCGCCACCGCCUGAGCAUGAGGAAGUACCUAUUAUCGAAAUGAGCGCCCAAGCAGCAACUAUGAGCACGACGAGUAAGAUCGAGCCCCAACCACCAAGCACUACAGAGGUGAAUCCACCACAGCCACAGGAGGAUUCACCGCCACCACCUCCGCCGAGCAUCUCUAGUCCGGAACCACCGCCGCCACCUCGUAUCUUCGCGGAAGACUUGAAGCGCAGCAACGAGAAUAGGAAACGCAAAGCCAGCCCCGAUAUAUCGGACAGGAAAGGUGGUGCGCUAUACUACGAAGCUCCAAAAGACUCCACAAAGCCGUUAACAGAGCCGCUACCUCCCGGAGUAGAUCCACCGGAGAUUGCGUAUACCUUACCAGCUUCGGCUUUGGAGGCCGGUGUACUCUACGGUGCACAGCAGACAAAUCCGAUCUAUGCGGCGACCCUCGCAGGUGCAGGUAUACCUCUCUUAUCCCAUCACCACACGGCUCUCAUGCAGGGUCAACUCAUGCACUAUAAUCCGGCGUACCAUCAGCACCUUCACAACCAAGCCUUAGUAGCGGCGAGGCUCCAGGGUCAGGAGGCUGUGCAGUUCAUGGUAGAGUACGCUAGAGUCUACGAGAACAACCAGGUGAUCGCAAAGCCACCGAUGAAGAUGCCUCAUGACACGAGUCUUGGCUCGGCCAUCAACUCCUUCUACAGCGACAUUGCGUCAAUCGAAAAAAGCGCGGCGGACAUAGAGAAGGAGAAAGCCGAAGCGAUGAGGCUUGCGGCGACGGCUGCAGCGGCUAUCGAGUCCGCGUCACCCUCACCGGUGCUGACACAGAUGCCUCCUCAGGAUGCCGAACUCCAGGAGGCUAGCAAGGAGAAAAAGAAAAAGAAGCUAAAGACUGGACUGGGAAAAAAACAGAAGGAAAUGUCGAGCAUGGUCGCUAAGUGGCAAAGAGCGCAGAAGAACUACAAGGAGGGCCACUAAAUUUUUGCGCUACUUAGUAAUACUUAAUUAUUAACGCUAAAUAUAUCCGAGCUCUGAGACGGCUUUAAGUAUAUUUUGUAUAUAACGGUACAAAGUAAUUUAAUUCGACGAUUUUAUAA